AUGUUCUUCACCGAUGGACUACCUUCAUCGGAUUCGGAAUCCGAUUUCUCGGUUUCGGGACCAAAACCGAAAAAAGCUGAAGCUAGCAAUUUGAGUGCCAUUUUCUCUUCACCAAAACGCCCAGUCGAAAGAAAUGAGCAAAAACAAGCGGAAGCCUCGACGUCAUCUGUAACAUUGUCGGUGAAAACCGUUUUCUCCACCUCGGCUCACUCGUUUUUGAUGAGAAACGAUUCGGAAGAAUUCGAACCAUAUUUGAUGAUUGGAUUAGCGGGGAUAUUGCAACAAAAUGUGCUUCGUUUAAUCUUGUACACUCCCGACAAAAAGUCGAUUCAUCAAGUGGCUUUGCAAAGGAUGAUGACUACAGAUGACUCAUCUCAAAUCUCAUUCGCAUAUCCUUAUGUCUAUUUUCGAAAUGGUACAAAUUUCAAGCAAAUGUCGAUCAUUUUCUCGCAAACACAAAUUGAUGAGUAUUUGGAGUUUUUGAUUUGGUUUCUAAUCUUCACAAAUGAGACGAAGAGCUUUCAAAUCGAUUUGGGAAAUGGGGAGUUUUUGAUUGAGAUCGGCGAUUCAGUUCUGGUAGAGGUGAAACAUUUCACUGUGGAAGAUGCGUGUUUGAAAAAAACGAGUGAGGAAACGAAAUUUCGGAUUCGAGAGAACUCGCCGAAGUUCGAGAAUUUUCAGCACUUGAUCGGAUUGAGAAAAGGAGCCACGGUUGUACUGAGAACGCAAAGUGGAGAGAUUGUCGUCUUGCGGGUUCGAAAGCAUAAGAAGGCCUCUGAUGAGAGCAAAAGCCUUCAAGAGCCUAGCGAAGCCAAAGAUCUCUCCGAAACACCGGAACCGACUCCAGUCGAGAGUCACGAAAACUCGGAACCCCGGGAAUUGGACAAUGGAAAUGUUGAAGUUGGCGAGGCAAAGGAGCUGAAACCGAGCGUGCUUGAGCGAAUGGCUCGAUUGGGACAACCGGUGCUCGGGAUGAGGAAUCUGAUUGGGAAAGAUGAGCUGAGAUCAAAAAAUGAAUCGACGAAUAGAGAAGAAGAAGAAGAAGAAAAUGAAAAAAUUUCAAUUGUUUCUUCUUCGAAAAUCGAACUCGAAGAAGUGAAGGAUUUGAGAGAUUGUGAAGCAGAAAAAGCAGAAAAAGCUGAAACGAGGGAAACUUUUGAAAGAAACGAGCGCUCUCUCUUGAACGAUUACGAAUUGGUGCAUCGCGUGAUCGGCGUUGAGAUGGAUCGUUUAGAGGGAAGACUCGAGAAAAGAUUUCACCAAAUAUCGACUCGAUUUGAGGAAAGGCUGGAUUCGAUUGAUAAAAAACUACAGCAACUCAUCGAGCAACAAGGGAAAAGUCGAGGAAAUUCGUUGAUUGAU